UGUCACAAAGUUUAUCCGUCAGAUCUGACAAGUUUUUCUGCUGCUCAAGUUUUGUUUGUAAAUAUGCCUUUCCUCGAAAUACUUGAUUAUUUACUGCAAUUUCUCGGCCGUGAAGUGCUCGAGGCAUGGAUCAAUCGCGUGAGCCUGUUCUUCACCAAAAUACUUGUCCGUUUCCCUUUACCCUGGAUCAAAUUAGCACGUAAUAAUCGACAAUUUCCUAAAUUAGUUCUCCUCCACAGAAGCGAAAAUUUUCUAGUGAUUGAUAAACCGCCUGAUCUGCUUAUAAAUAGUAAUGACUAUAGAAAGAUUUCCGUUCAAACGAUUCUGAGGGAACAAUUUCCGGAACUAAAGGACUCGAGCCUCACACAUGAAUUUUACUUCGCUCAUCGCCUGGACUAUUCAACCAGCGGAAUCCUAUGCAUUCCCCUCAACAAAGUGUCUUGCACAGCGGUAUCGAAAGCAUUUGAGCAUCGAACAUCAAAGAAGUAUUACAUUGCCCUCCUGAAUGGACACGUGAAUCAGAAAUUCACCACCGUUGACAUAGAAAUAGGGGAUGAUAGCAGGUACGAAAAGACCAACAAAAAAAUGUGCACCACCUCAGAGCUUGAAUUCUGCAAAAAUCCGCGUAAAUGCGUAACGCACAUAGUCGUGUUAGAGAAAGGUUCUUACAAUAAUCGAGAAGCGACCAAAGUACUAAUUAAACCCAUAACGGGGCGGCGCCAUCAGAUUCGAGUUCAUUGUCAAAUUAUUGGUCACCCUAUUAUUGGUGAUUACACUUACGGUUUAGCCGAGGAUAAGCUUGUUCCACGAAUGUUUCUUCACGCUAUUAAACUAGUCAUACCGAACACAGUAGAGGGCAUAGAAGUCGAGACCAGAGAUCCUUUCAAUGAACAUUUUUUGCCUGAGUGGAAGCCUUAUUCGGAAGUACCCACUGAACUUGAAGACGCUUACAGCUCCUUUGAUGAACGGAAUUAAUCGAGUAGUUGACAACCAAAACUUGUUAUUUUUUAUAAAUAAAAUAUUUUUUUUGUCGAAUUUUUGCUUGAA